UAUCCACUACAUCGCACCACUGCGGUAGGAGCGGGGAAGGCAGCAGCAGCUGAGGGGGACCCGGCAGCCUCACUUCACUUGUUCCUGCAGGAAAAAAAAAAACAAAUCCAGGUGCGAGAGCGCGUCUCUCUGCCGACUUUAUCACAGAGGAGGACUUUACCUGAGCGGACAUAACAGCAACAGCUCCAAGGGCAAUCGUUAUAGCCCAGGAGGGAGAACUUUUGGCUAUUGCUCCGUGAUUUAUUAUUAUUUUUCCCACACACCUCUGUAACCUUGGAAGUCAGAGCUGUUUAUUGUGAGAGGAUGGGACCGCUCCUGCUUUCCAUCGCCCUGUGUUUAGGCGCCGCUGUCCCGCAGCAUGUGAAAGCAGCAGAUGGUGAGGAACCAACUUCAGCAGGUCCCUGCCAUCCAAACCCUUGCCACAACAGAGGAACAUGUGAGAUCAGCGAGACCUACAGGGGCGACACCUUCAUUGGUUACGUCUGCAAGUGUCCACCAGGCUUUAGUGGAGUUCACUGCCAACACAAUAUUAACGAAUGCGAGAGGGACCCCUGCAAGAAUGGGGGCAUUUGCACAGAUCUGGUUGCCAACUAUUCCUGCGAAUGCCCAGGAGAGUACAUGGGAAGGAACUGCCAAUACAGAUGCUCUGGACCACUAGGCAUGGAGGGCGGUAUAAUCUCCAACCAACAGAUAACAGCCUCUUCCACCCACCGUGCUCUUUUCGGCUUGCAGAAGUGGUACCCGUACUUUGCACGCCUCAACAAGAAGGGCCUGGUCAAUGCCUGGACUGCUGCCGAAAAUGACAGAUGGCCGUGGAUCCAGAUAAACCUGCAGAGGAGGAUGAGGGUCACAGGUCUAAUUACCCAGGGUGCAAAGCGUAUUGGCAGCCCAGAGUACGUCAAGUCUUACAAAGUAGCCUACAGUGAUGAUGGGAAGACCUGGAGAACAUACAAAGUCAAGGGCAAAGAUGAUGAUAUGAUUUUCAGAGGAAACGUCGAUAACAACGCUCCAUCGGCCAACUCCUUCACCCCUCCCAUAGAGGCCCAGUACGUGCGCAUUUACCCACAAGUCUGCAGGAGGCAUUGCACCUUACGCAUGGAGCUGCUUGGUUGUGAGCUAACAGGCUGCUCCGAACCACUAGGAAUGAAGUCAGGCCAUAUCCAAGACUACCAGGUCACGGCCUCCAGCAUCUUCAGGACGCUCAACAUGGACAUGUUCACUUGGGAGCCUGGAAAGGCUCGUUUGGACAAACAGGGCAAGGUCAAUGCUUGGACAGCUGGACACAGUGACCAGUCGCAAUGGCUACAGGUGGACUUGCUUGUGCCUACCAAAGUCACAGGCAUCAUCACCCAGGGAGCUAAAGACUUCGGCCAUGUCCAGUUUGUUGGCUCAUACAAACUUGCGUACAGUAAUGACGGGGAGCGGUGGAAUGUAUAUCAAGAUGAGAAACAGGGGAAAGACAAGGUAUUCCAAGGGAACUUUGACAACGACACACACCGAAAGAACGUGAUAGAUCCACCCAUCUAUGCUCGGCUCAUCAGGAUCCUCCCCUGGUCAUGGUAUGGCAGGAUCACUUUGCGUGCAGAAGUACUUGGAUGCACAGAGGAAGAGUAAAGUCCUUUUCUUCCAUAUUUCUUGCCAUUGUCCCCUGUCCCUCGGCAUACUGGAGUAUCUCAACCCCAGUAUUUCAAAAAUAAACUGUGCAACCUGUAAAAAGAAAUAAAUUUCCAAUGGAUUUUUCAAGAAUACGUGUUUGGUUGUGGUGGGUUGCUGUUUGUUCUUUUUGUACAAUGAUUUAAAAAACCUGCCCUUGAUCCACUUUUGUCUUUUAGUUUCCUCUUAAAAGCGUGAUCUUUGUCUUUUUAUUCUUCUCAAGAUUUGCCAUCCUGUUUGCAAUGAACUUCUGUAAUAUAUACGGGAGGGGUGGGGGGUGGUGGUGGAGUCUGAGCGGGGUUCUCACUGUGGUUUUAACUUGUUGCCAUGGAAGCUAUUGUACAGUGUCACUUUUUAACAAAGAUGUGAAACCUGUCUGCCGUGCUUCAUUGGACAUAAUUAACCAACUUCAUACCAUGACGAAACUGUCUAAAAUACCAUGUCGAGAGCCCAUGUUAUCACAUUAUCAAAUAUAUUUUUACUUUGAUUACUACACUUUCUCAAGCCAUGCUUUUACCCUAAUGGACACUGGCAUUACUACAUCAAUCAAAACACUAUUAAUGCUCUUGUAUUAUAUGUAAAAGACUAAGAAAAUUGCAUGGUGCGUGAAUUAUAAAUGUAUAUUAUGACAAAUCAUUUAAAACCUCCAGCCCUGAGAGCAAUGGCUUUGAUUUAGGGACCUAUUUUUAUGUGCAUUUUUAAAUAGUUCUGAAACAUUACAACACACUGCAAAAGCUUACUGAAGAUAACUGAUGUGUGAGACAAUAAACAGGCACUGCAGUUAAACUUGCAGCAAUGACACUGAGGCUCGUAUGCUGUCUCUAGUUGAAUUGUCUUAAUGCUCUCCUAAGAAGUUCCAUUUUUUUUUGUAUUUGAUUAUUGCUACACUUUUUCUAAGAUAUUUGGAGCUAUUGUUUGUGCUUGUUCUGUUUUUAUAUUUAUUUAGAUUUAUUUGUGUCAGCUGUCAGAUACAUAAAAUCUGUUUAACUGUCUCCGUGUUGUCUUGGAGAUCUAAGUUGUAUCAAUUACAAAGCUCAGGAUAGAUGUCAUUAAUAAUAAUAUUAAUAAUAACCCACAAAUGUAUCGUUUUUGGCCACUUAUUUAAAUAUUUCUCUGUAUUAUUAUUUAACGAAAAUAUUAAAUGAGGGAGAGCAGUUAUUUAAAUCAUGUCCUUAUAUGCAUAAGUCACAUAUUGAAAGCAGUCUCUUAUUUUCUUGAAUCCCUUUGAUAUGAUAAAUGAUCAUUACGUCUUCUUUUUUUCAAAAGACAGCAAAUGUCCGGAUUAAUAAUAUAUUAAUAUAUGUCAUUAUGAUGAUGAACUGCAGCACAGAGCUCUAAAUUAAAUAUGGACAGCCUCUUUAUUUCAGGGAAUCUGAUCUUUAUUAUCGUGCUAGAUGAGAAAUUUUAUGUUCAGGAGCUUGUGGGUAUUUUCAAAGGACAUGACAGCAGCUCUCUCUGCAUGUUCAAACGGUUUCAGUGAGCUAAAAAUAUUUAGAUACGUUAAGGUUGCAGGGGAUGAAGAUGCUGUUAUGCCAAUCAUGUCAAAAUAUUCUAUUUAUGCAGUUUUCACUGUAUGGAUUCUGCUGUUGGCUGCGUCCUAAAGUAAAUGAACAGAGAUGUUUGGCUGGUUUAAUAAAUAGGAGUAAACAAGAACCUGAGGUAUCGCAGCAGCGUCGAAACCUCACAGCCCAAUUCUACAUGGCUUAAAAAUAGGCCUGGAUUACUCUGGUGGUUCCCACUCUUGACUAGUUCUCCCAAAGCUCUCAAGUGCUAAAAUAAGAGCUGAAGAGAGCUGCUUUUAUGCUUGCCAGCUUUCAGUCACUUAACUAUCCAAUCAUUUCAUAUUAUAGGAAUGCAAUGUCUUUGUUCUGGGAUUGCAUCCCAGUCUGAAAGAGAAAGUAAAACCUUAUUUAAUUUAAUGCGCCAACCUGUGCAAAUCAUUUUGGCUGCCUGACUAGAUUCAGAACACGAAAGUGCCACUCAUAUUUUCAUCACUUUGUAUUCGAUAAAUGAAAAUGCAUACAUUUUUUUUUUAAAUUUCUUAAUUCUAAAAGCACAGCAAGAAAUACAUGGAAAUUGUCAAAGUCGAAAUAAGUUGGUGCUUUCUUUACAUUGUUGCUUGCCAGGGCAUUUUCAGCAGUCAUGCCUUUGACAUGGAUGUCGUCGUAGUUGACACGUAACUAUAAAAACUAAACAUAUUCUGAUUGUUAUCUGGAUAAUUGGAACUGGGUAAAGCUGACUUGGUUUGGCAAAUCACAAUAUGAUAUCUUGGAAAAGUUUACUUGUGUUAUAUUGCCAAAUGCGAUCAAUGUAAGCUACACUGAAAGACUUUGAUGUACCAAUAUGUGGAAAUUGUUAUUGGUGUGAAUCAGUGACUGUCAUUCUUUAGACUCAUGGACACAGAGUAAGCAUAAACAGGCUAUUUGUCCACUCUUGAAUAACUAAAUCUUGGCCAGCAUCUGCUCUGAUUGAUCUUUGUAGUCAUGUUCCUGUCGGCAGGCCUGCUACAAAGCUUUGAGGAAGUUUGCAUGAUGUAUGAGUUUGAACAGUACAGUAGAACAACAAUGUCCACAGGCACACUAUGUUCUUGCAUAUCAUAAAGAUCUAAUAGCCUUUACUUUGUGCUCACCAUUGAUCGUCUUGUGCAUUGUAAAACUUCAUCUCACAGGUUCGAGAGAGGAGCAAAGUGGAAAUCCAUCCUGUCUUUGUAUUUUUGUGUCCCCUGUUCACGUAUUAUUUCUUACCUCCUCAGUCAAUGAGUGUCAAUCACUAUCUAGAAAACGUACCUAUUAUAAUGCUGGUUAGGUUCAAGCCUGCAGAGGAGAGUGAGAAACUGUGUACAGUCAAAAAAGAUGUUGCUUCAAACAAAAGCUCUUUCAGUUUGACAAAUAAAAACAUAUCUGUGAAAA